AUGAGACAAUACAUUUCUUCUCCAGGAAUUGCGGGACUUGGAUCUUUGAAUCUCUUAAAUGCUGGAGCUUUUGGGUUUCCGGGAAAUGCCGCUGGUAUAUCAACAGCAUUUCCUGGCCAACUUAUCAGAACUCCCGCAAUGCCUAAUCUAUCUGGAUUAGUUCCUGGGACGAUUCCAGGUUUGGGGCAAUUACCUGGCUCUAUUCCUGGCCUAGGUCAAAGCAGUGCAAUUUCUGGACUGGGAGGUUUACCAGGAGUAUUUCCUGGUCUUGGAACCUUGCCCAAUGCUAUCCCUUCAAGUUUUCCUAAAACCAUUCCUGAACUUGGUACUCUAUCAGGUUACCCACUGGGGGGCUAUGGUAGUUUACUGGGAACUAUUCCAAGUACUAAUAGCUUACAAAUAGGCAUUCCCGGAUUGGGAGGUUUAACAAACAUGGCUGCUGGACUGGGAACUAUGCCAGGACUUACGAAUUCGGCAGGACUACCAGCUGGAACUGGCAUAGCCUUACCUGGAGGUAUUUCUGGUCUUGGAAGCAUACCAGGAACUGUCUCGGGAUUCGGAACUUUUCCAGGAAGUGUUACUGCAUUUGGAGGUAAUAACUUCACAAGUUGUGGGAUAUUAAGGUGUGCAGGAAAUCACCGGUGCUAG